UAGGUCAUGAAUGUCAUGAUCAAAAAGAAAAGUAAACGUCAAAUGUCGUCCAAGAAACAAAAAUAAUUUAUUAAUUUCGCCUAAUUUACGCAUUAAACCUUAAAGACUAUGGAAAACGCUCAUUGCCGACUAUGCGCCGAGUUAAAACCACUAGACAAACUCAUCGACUUGCAAUCUGAGGCUGACAAGUGGAUUGAAAUCGUGAAGAAGCUGAAAAGGCUUAACGCAAGGACAUUAGGAUUGUUUACUGAUGAAGUGCUGCCUAAAACGGUUUGUUUCGUGUGCGUCAGCUCUUUAGACAGAGCUUUCGAGUUCAUUUUGAACGUGGAACACGCUCAGGAGAUGUUGAACACCAUAUUAGUGCGCAAUGUAAAGAAAGAAGAACUGUCUGACGAUUCAGACAGAGAGGAGGCUUUUUUGGAAGAGCAGGCGGAAACUAUAGCGAAUAGCAUUAAAGUGAAGCUUGAAAUACUUGAAUCGGAGUCGGUCGCGCUCUCUGCGCAUCAAGGCGAACCGAAAAAGAAGAAGAAAACUACGAAAUGUAGAAGCUUGGAUUCCUUACCUCUCUCUCAACUUAAACUGACUUGGAAGGAUUAUUCCUGGACUUGUUCCUACUGUGAAACCCAGUACAAGUCUGCUGAGGAGCUGAAGACACAUUCUAUGCAGUACCACCACUGCUGCAAUGCUUUUAAGUGCGGCGAUUGUAACCUUAAGAAACAAAAGCUGGAUAGUUUCUUAGUUCACGUUAAAAGGCAUAGACGGAACCUGAAAUUGUCCUGCUACGUGUGCCACAAGACUUUCACCAAGCAGAAUCAAAUGAGUAAUCAUAAAAAUGAACACAGAACUUCAGAGUACAUUUGCAAAGGCUGCAAUACUUGUUUCCCUAACUUAGAAGAGUUAAACGAACAUACCAGCAUUUUUUAUAGGGAGAAGAGAGCUCCUCGAAUUGUCCCACCAGAGCUGGUCAGCGAUGACCGCACUUGUGUCUUGUGUAAAAAGGAGUUUAAAAGCAAAGGGAGCUUGACGUCUCAUCUCCUGACACAUACGGAUAGGAAAAGGGAUCAUACCUGUGAGAAAUGCGGGAAAUGCUUCUUUAACAAGCAGAAUUUAGCCGGACAUAUGCUCCUGCAUGAUGAUACAAGACCGUACAAAUGCAAAAUCUGCAAGUUUGGCUUUAAAACGCUAGGCCAGCUACGGAACCAUGUUGGUGUCCAUGACGGCAACAAGCCACACUCUUGUGACCAGUGCGGCCGUUGUUUCCGGUUACCAAAGCAGCUUAAAUCCCACCAAAUCGUACAUACAGAUGAGCUUCCUUACAUCUGCUCAUACUGCGGUAAGAGCUUCCGAUUCAAAACCAUUUUAAACCAACACGUCCGUCAGCACACCGGUAUUAAACCAUAUUCUUGCGAAUUCUGCCAACGGGACUUCACAAACUGGCCGAAUUAUAACAAGCAUAUGAAACGUCGCCACGGCAUGGACAUGGCGAAAAAGAAGCACACUCCGGAAGGUUUAUACCCUAUAAACCCCGCUACGGGUGAGGUAGUUAUAACUCCGGAAACCAUGGAAACUGCAGAAUGGAAGAGGGAAAUGCUGAGAUCUCGGAGACCAGGUCGACCGAAGCAGGGCAUGGAAGCUGAAGGCCAGAUGCCGAUGGAGCAGAUGCAAAUGGAACCGAUGCAAAUGGAGCCGAUGCAAAUAGAGCCCAUGAAUUUUAAAAGUGAAGCCACUGAGAGUCAGAAUCAAUAGCGGUUGGUAAGGGUAUUAGAGAUAUUAUGUUCAUGUUCAGAAGUUACUUUUAUUUCAGCAGCUACAUUAUUAUUAGGUUUUGUUUCUCAUUAGUUAUGGUCACUUGGCUUUGUGUAGCUAUAGCUAUAGACUCGCUUUAGGUACAGUCAAGGAAUUUAAAUUCCGACCCAUUUCGUACUUUGUCACAGUGACAACCGUAUGAGGUCUCUAGCGGCUUUCAUAUUGAUUGUCACUGUGACAAAGUACGAAAUGGGUCGGAAUUUAAAUUCCUUGACUGUACAGAUGUAGUGCAUAAUUAUUUCCUAUCGUAUGUUCACGGAACCGUACGAACGUCUCUUGCUAUUUCAGUCAGUUUCGGUACAAAAAGUACUGAAGUUGAAUGAAGUAGCGUGACAUACGAAUGUUUCCGAGUAAAUACGAUGGAAAACAACUAUGCACGCCGUCUGUACCUUAAAGCUGUCUGACCAGCAAUCAAUCUGUGGAUUUAGAGGAUGUAUUAAACCUUUAAACGCCACGAUCGUGCGCGGCGCGAAUGUAUGACGGUUGAUAUGGAGCUGUAGCCGUGCGUAGUUGACAUCUUUAGCGGUGAAAGGGUUAAGAAAAAACACUUGGUCGCAAUGAUAAAACUUCAAAUGAGACACCUACCUAAAUCUAAACUAAUGCUUCUAUUGAUAUUGACUGUCAGAGGCGAUAUGCACUCAGUGUACACGCGCCUUUACACUUAAUGUAGUUUUAUUACGAGCGGUAUUGUAUUUUUGUUAGUGGUUGUUAAUUAGGAUUAGGAGAAAAAUAUUUAAUUAUGGUAUUGGUUUAGUGUCAUAGCACAAAUAUAAUUUAUGGGAAUACUAAUUUGAUUGUAUGAAUGUAUGUACACAUUAUGUAGUUAACAGCAAAUGUUAAAAAUUUGAAUUGUCUAUUUAUUUAUGUAAGAUCUGAUAUAAUUCAUAUAAUGUGUAGAGUACAAACAUUAACACUCGUUAACUGUCCAUGAAUGGACCUUAUGCCUUUUGUAAUAAGGUUUACGAGCUGUCAGUGUGGGCGAUGGUUUGUGUACGGAGUGGAGAGUAAGCGUAUGAAGAAAUUGGAGAAUCAAAUCUCCAUUUAAGUAUUUGAAUUUUGUUCUACAUAGACAAAUGCCAUUUCUUAAGUUAAUGAAUGAUUCCAUAAUCCAUAGUACAGGGCUAUAACCGAGAAAAUCGAAGUUCGCAAAUUGCGGGGAUUUUCCUCUGUCUCUCUAAUUACGCCUUCAUUAGAGUAAAAGAGAAAGAUCCCCGCAAUUUACGAAUUUCGGUUGUCGCGGUAGCCGCUCUGCUUGGCAAAAAAGAGUGAAAUUAAAAAGUGGCAACACUGUAGCGUCGUCCCUUUCAAACAAAUUUGUAUAAGAAAACGGGACGACACUGCAGUGUUGCCACUUUUUAAUUUCUACUCCUUUUUGCCAAGCUGUAAUCCAGAGACAAUUGUAUAAUAACGACUGUCAGUCAACCUUCACAAAAAAAGCAAAGGACACCCUUUAUUGGCCCUUAUCUUUUAAAUGAACAAUACCAAUAUUUAUCGUACUUUUCAAAAUCGAUGGGUACGCUGACAGGUGUAAUUUUAAUACAAUUUCGCGAGAUUUGUCGUUUUUAGGAUAGAUUUACAGUCUGUUUAUGUACAUAUCUCUGGUCGAAAUAUACGUGCAUCCACACCGCAGUUACGGCUGUAUUUCCACCAGGAAUGCGGGAAGGAAAGAAAGAAAAUACAUGUAUUUUAUUUACGUCAAACUAAACCAGUUAAUUACAAACAAGACAUGAGAAGAUGCGUAGGUUAUCACUGGUGGAAACGCAGCCUAACGUUUGCGCAACACAUGAACACAGUGACUUUAUAGGUAACUUACCUUCUCACAUCUCUGUAGAUUUCCACUUUUAUAACAUAUACGUUAUUAGAUGUAAACACUUAUGUAAAUAAGAAGUUUAUUGUAAUAACUAUUGUUAAUAACAAAUGUUUAUUCGUGCCAUGUGACAUAUUGUAUAUGGUGGUUGGCUAAAAUAGGGAUAGGCAAGGUUAUCAAAUUGUAGAAUAAUUUAAUUACUGACCUAAGGGCUCAUUUAGACGGCGCGUGAACACGCAUGAGAUUUUAGUUACAUUGCGGAUUGCUUACGUCCUAUUCAACCGACCGAUCAAAACCCGCAAUGUAAUGAAACUCGCAUGCGAGUUCGCGCGCCGUCUAAAUCAGCCCUAAAAGUCGCGAGCUUACAGCGCCAAGAAAGGCAACUCUCAAACUCUGAAAAUACGUGCCGCAGUGCGUGUUGUAUGCAGAGCGGUUAUCGCGAAAACAGAAAUUCGCAAAUUGCGGGGAUCUUUCUCCUUUACUCCAAUGAAGGCGUAAUGAGAGUGACAGAGAAAAAUGCCCGAGUUUUGCGAAUUUCGAUUUUCGCGGUUAUAGCCCUGGCUAUGCAAGCGUCCAUAUCAGUCACCGAUAACCGCUUACCUUCAGUCGGGGCGUGCGGUUGUUCGCCACUGACGUAGUAUAAACUACCACGUCACAGUGACAUCGGAGGUAGGUCAACUCAAGAGGAACCUAACCACAGAAUAAAUAAUAGUACUAGGUACAGAAGACUCGCUCUCUAACAAAACGCGUCUGUCACGAUCAGUUACGAUAUAGCACGUUUUUUUAGCAUUAGAAAUAAGGUAAACAAUCUUGAUGUGUCAUUUAAUUAAAAAACACAUUUUAAAAAUAGGUUACGGCAAAUAUGUAACAUUUAUGAAUCUAAUACGAUCAUUUAUAUUCUUUUGCUUUCAUAAUAGUUUUUGAUUUUUAAAAAGCGUUUUUCAAUUAAAAGACAUGUCAAGAUCGCUUACCUUCUUGCAAGUUCUUUCUAAUGCUAAAAUAAACGAACUAUAGAUAUUAUACGAUACGUCAAUGCUGUGACGUGGUAGUUCUGGGACACCCUGUAUAUUGUCUGAUGUGUAGCUAGUAUUCAAAUAAAAAUUAUAGCGAGAACAAAAUAGGUUAAACUUCUGCGAGAGGUGGUUGAUUCUCGAUGUAUUAUUUAUAAGCUUAGAGGCACAAUUUGAUUUUAUUUGUUGUCAAUAAAUGUAUUUCGUAAUAUAA